AUGUUCGUCGCCUUAGGGAGCACGACGUACGGAUACUGUGCCUCCAUCAUCAGUACCACCUUAGCCCAACCCUCAUUCAUCGACUAUUUCGACCUCGACAGUCGGUCCAAUGCCACCGACCUCAUCGGGGCUAUCUUUGGCCUUUUCCAAACCGGCGGCUUCUUUGGCACCUUGUCCUGUCUCCAGUCGGCCGACCUGUUAGGUCGACGGAAGGCACUGUUUUAUGCGGGCCUGGUUACCACCGUCGGUGGCGCUCUCCAGGCUGGCAGUGUGAACAUUGGCAUGUACAUCUUUUCACGGUUCCUCACGGGCGUCGGCAUCGGCGCUCUUGUCACACUGGUUCCUCUUUACCAGAGCGAGAUCGCUCCACCCAAGAUUCGAGGCUUCCUCGUCGCCAUGCAUGGCGUGAUGCUGUGCGUUGGUUAUUCGGCCGCCAGCUGGGUGGGGCUGGGUUUUUACUUUGUCGACGCCGGCGGGGCGCAAUGGAGACUCCCACUUGCCAUCCAAGCCGUUUGGCCUGCGGUGCUUUCUGCUGGCGUUCUUUUCCUGCCCGAGACACCUAGGUGGUUGCUGGACCAGGACCGGUAUGAAGAGGCCUAUGAGUCCUUCAAACGCGUCCGCGCCGAGUCGUCCGAUGCAUUCUUGAACGAUGAAGCGGCGUUGAGGGCUGAUUUUGCCAUUCUCCGCGAACAAAUCAUCUUCGAGAAGCAACAGCAUCUGUCCUUCUGGGACCUCUUCCGUCUCCCACACUAUCGCAAGCGUCUCAUUGUCGGUUUCGUCACUAUGGUUGCUCCUCAGGUCACAGGCACUCAGAUCAUCUACAAUUACGGUUCACAGCUAUACAAAAGCUUGGGCUUCAAUACGCUCGAGCAGCUUCUCCUGAGUUGUGGUUGGAUCACAUUUUCCCCUUUUGGCAAUUGGUUCAAUGGCCUUGUCGUGGACAAGGUUGGUCGGGUGAGAAUGUUGUUGAUCGGAAUUUCCGGCUGCAUCAUGUGUAUCGUAGGGGAGGUAAUCACGCUAGCCGUGCUCGAAAAGGGUGAAAAUCGUGCAGCCACCAACGCUGCGGUUUUUUUUCUUUUUCUGUUUGUCGGUUUCUAUGCAAGCUUCAUCGAUGCAACCACAUACAUCUACGCGUCGGAGAUUUGGCCGACCCCGGUCAGGGCAAAAGGCCUGUCAUUGUCCAUCUCAGGCCUGUUUCUCUCCUCGCUAGCCAUCUUGCAAGGUGCUCCUGCUGGCUUUGCCAAUAUCGGAUGGCGAUACUACUUGGUCUUUAUCUCGGUGACGUUCGUCAUGGUGGUCUUUAUGUACUUUUACUUCCCCGAGACCAAAAAGUUGAGCCUGGAGGAGAUUGGACACAUCUUUGGAGACGAGGUUGCCCAUGUUGACGAGACGACUGCUGUGGCACUGGACCAGAAGGGAGCCGGUGGAAUGCACGUUGAGACUGCAGCGGAAAGGGGCUAGGUGCUUUAGGGACUGUAGCACUUGACCUUUGGCUGAAGGUCGGGUGAGGAGAAACACUGUACUGUACAGUAAGCUACCCCUGGACUGCAGCACUCAUGGCUUCUUUGGCUUUGAUUUUGGCAAAGUGCUACACUUGGAGUGUGGUGAUAUAAAGCGCUCUGCUUUACUGUUGUUGGCUGCCUCUGAACUGUAAUACUUGGGC